AUGGGACUACCAAUGGAGCCUAACAUUGCAGAUAUUCAUGUCCCUAGCGGACCAACGUCCAUACACCAGGCCGAGUCAUUUGAGGGUCUGACACUACACCAACUCAUUGCGCGGAAGGACAACCUGGAAGCAGAACUGAAGGCGCUGGGGGCGGUUCUGGAUAGUCAUGGGGUUACCAUGCAGACAAGUCUUACCACGUUCGAUGGCUUCCCGAGGUCCGAUAUUGAUGUGGCGCAAGUACGAGUGACCAGAGCGCGAAUCAUCAGCCUUCGCAAUGACUGGAAAGCCCUGAUGGACAAGAUCGAGAAAGGUCUUCAUGACCACCAUGCUAAAUAUCAAGCUUCAGAUGAAUACAAGAAUUCCUUGAAUCAACCUCAACCUCAGCCAGCUCCUGCGCCACUGCAAACACCGUCUGUUCCCGAGACGCCCUUUGCUCAAGUCAACAGUGUCGAGCCUGGCAGUCCUGCGAAUGAAGCUGGUCUUAAGGUUGGCGAUCAAAUAAGAAGAUUCGGCACAGCCAUCUGGUCGAACCACGAAAGAUUACGCAAAGUUGGAGAGGUCGUCGGCCAGAACUUGGGUCGCCCGAUCGUGGUAAAAGUCACCAGGGGAACAGGACCACAAGCGCAAGAGCUAGAAUUGAGAUUGACUCCGAGACAAAACUGGGGUGGCAGAGGCACACUGGGAUGCCACAUUGUCCCAAUAUGA